UCGAAAUUCCUUCACUCUGUAUUCUGAAUAUGCAAGUGACAAGACACAACAUUGCCCGCUUCCAAGUUCUCGAGCGCCAUGUUUGAAGUACUUGAUACCAUCAACUCCGGACCUCCGAAGGGUCACUAAAAUCAUCUGGUCGGUCACAGUACCAUAUAUCUAUUUCUGAUGCCUUAUCUCAACUCUAUCCUGUAUUUGAGAAGUGGUAAUGGGUCCCGUGCUAGCUUCCUUCUUCCCUAAGUCCCAGGUCCUCCUUUCUCCCAUAACCGUCUAGCGAGUGGAAAUGCCCAGCCUAACAUUGCCCGAGUGUGGGCGCUAUAUCCCGCCUCCGGCCACAAAUGAGGACUUAGAGUUUGCAGACCUGGCCAUCGUUGAUCUUUCCAAGGCCCACACGCCGGAAGGACGGGCAGAGCUCUAUCCACAACUUCGAGAUGCGCUGCGCACCUACGGCUUUGUUUAUGCUAUAAACCAUGGUUAUAGCCAGGCUCAGCGCGAUAGGAUCUUUGACAUAGCUAAUGUCCCUUUCACUGUUGUUCCUCCGGAUGAAAUGAAGACAUACGCCGCAAACAUCGAGAAAGUCGGGUACUAUGCAGGUUUUAAGGCUCGUCAAUUCUGGAAAGUCGACGCGGAGAAUCAAGUUCUCGAUCAGAUCGAGCACUAUGGAAUUAACAAGGACGUCACAAGGCGUCCGCACCCUCAGGCCUUGCGUCCGUUCCUCCCGGAAAUCGAUGCCUUCGCCCGACAUAAUCACUUCAACGUUGUUCAUCCAAUCCUUCGCUUGCUCGCUUUGAGCCUCGAGUUGCCCGAGGAGACUCUAGUAGAAAAACACAACUUCAACGGCACAGGAGAAACAUGUGUCAGAUUUAUGAAAUAUUAUAGGCGCACCAAGGAAGAAGAGGAGAAAUCUAAAAAUGUCUGGUUGAAAGGACACACAGACGUUGGCAGCGUCACUAUUCUGUGGAGCCAACCUGUCGGAGGCCUGCAAAUUCAGGCUCCAGACGGCAGAUGGAAAUGGGUCCGCCACAUGGAGAACGCUUUGGUCAUCAACACAGGCGACAUGAUGGAUUUCUUCAGUGGUGGUUACUAUAAGCCCACAAUUCAUCGCGUCGUACAGCCUCCUGAGGAUCAGCACAACUACGACCGUCUGGGCGUAUUCUUCUUCUCAAUGCCAGAUGAUGAUGUUCGCCUAAUGCCGUGUGUUGAGAGCCCGGUACUCCACCAGUUCGGCAUCCAGCGCCGGUGCCCUGACGAGGACGCCCCGCUGUGCGCAGCGUGGAGGAAGGGAAGGACAACGACGUAUGGUAGGUCUGAUCUUAAGAAGGGAAUAGAGCACAAUGUCGAAGAAGAGGUCAUUGAGGGGAUAGUAGUGAAACAUUACAACUAAGGAGUCGCAGACUACCCAUGUACGCAUGUCUCGAAAUAGUUAUGGUGUGUACGAUAUUGAUCAGCAAAUUUUGAAACCCUAUAACCAUU